GAGUUGUCUUUCCGGAUCCACUGCCCUCACUUCCGUGUUGUUAACACGGUACAAUCAACUAGGCCUCGAGAGUAAAGUUUUAAAAACUGUAGGCAACCAAAGAGCUUAUCGAUCUCACGGCACCUUGAAACCGUUGUCUCCCAGUGCUCAGGUUUUGAGCUCCCACUCAGAUCAAACUAAAUGGCCCAGUUGGUGACCGUCGGGGCCAGCUAUUAAUACACUUUGUAGGUGUAACAUCAGUCCGCAAUGGGCAGUCACUUCCGUAGCUACAUCUGGGACCCGGUGCUCAUUGUGAGUCAGAUUGUGUUGAUGCAAUGCAUCUACUACAGCUUCUUGGGCCUUUGGUUAGCUGGAGUGGAAAGCCUGGUGCAAAGUAGUCGGUCAUUGGACCAGAUCUUCAGCUAUGAACUCCUUGGUUUUGCAACAAUUCAGGGCAGGCUCUCAAUGAUGGCGUUCAUCUUGAACUCUCUUACAUCUGCCCUUGGUCUGUGGUUCUUCAUCCGUCGGGGAAAGCAGUGCCUGGACUUCACGGUCACUGUGCACUUCUUCCAUAUGAUUGGGUGCUGGAUCUAUAAUACUCAUCUUCCAUCUACCCUGUCCUGGUGGCUCGUCAAUGGAGCCUGCAUGGUUUUGAUGGCUGUACUCGGAGAGUACUUGUGCAUGCAGACUGAGCUCCGGGCUAUUCCAGUCAAUAGUGGACCCAAAUCUAACCUGUGAAAUUUUGUCGAUACCAGGUUGAAAAUUUGUGGACGUUUAACUCCUGAGGAACUCGCUCAGAGGAGGUUUUUCACUACUUUCAAAAGAAAUGGAACAUGAGAUUCCCUCCACGUAGAUGUUGGAUCUAUUUUCUGCAACUGAUAAACCAGAUGAACUGAUCUAUUUAUAAAUGUUGGACAGCUGUGUAGCAAAAAUGCAUGCUUUAUUGCUCACAGAGGCAAAUAUCAAUUUACACCAUUCUCUGAACCUCAUCACUGUACAUUUUAUUUAAGUAAUUGCACUUUUGUGUUCAUUUUAAUUGCGCUGCAUUCCAUUUUUAAGAAUUACGAUUUUUUUUUCUUUCAGAUUUGUGCCCAUCUUCAAAUGUCAAUUGAAACUUGCAGACUCUUAUAAAGCAGCAGAGCAGCAACAUUCUCUUUCCCACUCUCUUUGUGUUGGUAAAAUUACAAGCUGGCCGGGCAAACAAACGUGACCAUGAUGUGAAAGGGUCUUUUGGUUUUAGAAUUCCAAUUUUAGUCACUGCACUUAAAUUUCAAUUUGCAAAGUUACCUUUUGAGAUUUUAUCAUGUUUUCUUGUUCAUGUUGGGUAACAAGUUCAGUGUGUAAACAUGUAUGCUGAAGUUUUUUGUUGCAGUAAUCAAUCACAUUCUAAAUCUAAAUGUUUUCUCGUUCAUAAUCUCAACGCAUCAUCAAGUAUAAAAUUGGGCUUACGAUUCAUUUUGCACACAAUGCUCCGUUUUGUCCUUGUCGAGCUCGUACAUAAUAUCACACCACUUGCGUUGUUUGUCUCCGUCGCUUUAUGUCAUGAUUUAUUAUGCAGAAAUGUGGGCCACUUCGGGGACGGUUUGUCAGCCACCAGCUGCGUUCUGACAGCAGACUCUGUGUUUCUGUGGGGGCUGUGAAGUGACAUGUGCAGCACUAGUGGCUUCUGGAACACUUCUUAUCUUAUGGCAUUUAGAACGCUGUCAAAAUUAACUACCUAUUGUUAGAAAACCAUGUCCUGGAACACAUACUAGAAUAUAUUUUUAUUUUGUGUGAUGAAUUUCAGCUCAAAUCUCUGCAGUUUUGAUAGUGUGGACCAUGCAGUGUCUGCUUUUGAGGCAGAGGUUGAUGGUUAAAAGCUGUAUAAUAGUUCGAGAAUGAUGAGAAAUUCACUUAUUGGCUUUCUUGUUGAGUUCGAUAAGGACAGAAAUUAUGUCUCAUGUCUGGCCAUUUAAUAUAAUGGACCUAUAAUACCAUAUAGGGGUUGACGUGGCGCAGGGGUAGAGAGGGUGCGCUGGGAACCGCAAGCUAGGUGGUUCGAGCCCCGGCUGCUCCAUGUCGAAGUGUCCCUGAGUGAGACACCUAACCCGGGGCUGCUCCCUGGGCAAAAAUGUAAAAAGCCAUGGGUUAAAAAUGCAAUGUAAGUCACUUUGGAUAAAAGCGGCCUCAGCCAGGGGUUUGCUUGUUUUGGAUUGACGAAUUGGAAAAAGCUAGCUUUAGUUUCAUAAUUGCACAAACAUGACAGUGGUAUCAAUCCUCUCUAGAGAAAGCAUUUAAGCGUAUAAGUGUCAACCCAUCUUUUUUCAUAGUUUCUUGAGACAGCUGCUGAGAAAGUUUCCACAUGCACUGCGACUUUUCUAUUCUUUAACCUUAAAUGUUAGUUUUUAUAAUGUUUAAAUACACAGAGAUGGACCUAUUAAUUUAAUUUACAUUUUUGACUUGUUUCUUUUUCGGGAACAACACAAGACAAAGUGCACAUAAUUUGUCCUCACUGAAGAUUAAAAUAUAGGGUGUUUGCAUCAACAUCAAGGAAUUUUGUUGCAAGUACUUUGAUGCAUAUGCGGUUAUAAAACACUACAAGUUCAUAUGAAUGCUUGUAAAUCUAUGUUAGGGAACCAAAGGUGAAGAAAUACUUGGCCGUUACGCUUCAGACAUGAAAGAUGGGUCCUCUAAUGAGGGGCAAACCACAAGCCUGUCUGAAGGAUUUGCACCCUGGGCCAAGAUGCUUCAAUGUGUCCUACUGCCUCUUCUGGAAGUGUCCAAGUGGAAAGGAGCAGAUGGGAGAAGUACUAAUGAGUAAAACUACUGGUUGCAGUGCUCAUUACCAACACUGCUUCAGGCAGGGCUAAAAACAGAAGCUGUAGUAAGUGAGUUGAAUUACUGCAUCAAUUAAAGGCAUCACUAUUUCA